ACUUCUCGGGGGCUAUACCUUUCAUCUAGGGAUUCGGCUACUUCGAGGUUUCGUUUCACUGCAUGGUGUACACGGAGCCAGUGGUGGUGGUGGUGGUGGUGGUGAUUAUUUCGGCACGAACACUCAGCAUCGAUGCUGAACCACCGGCGGGAAAUGUUCUGCCCAGCCAUCUUCGCAUCUUUACCCUUCCUGAAAGCACUGGCUAGUGAUGCUACGUGCUCGAAUACAGCAUAUGACUGGGCUUUCAGUUCUCUACCACAGUCUCCCUGCCAAAUUGCCGCGGACUUGGGGGGAGUGUGCGACAGCUCAUUUUAUAUCCCAGCAUUGCCGUCUGGUUCAGUAUAUCGAGGUCCAUCUGGGGACGCCAGUCGCAUGGAAUGCAGGUGCAACACAGUGUAUUACUCGCUUUUGUACGUGUGCGCGCAAUGCCAGGGUGGUGGCAUCACUAUAUGGUCGACCUAUAGUAUCAAUUGUACGACAACGUAUACUGUAUUUCCUCACGAGAUUCCGAGUGGUACUGCUGUACCACAUUGGGCUUAUCUCGAUCUGCUUUUGAACGGUACUGUUAAUGUAGCAGCUGCUGAAACCGAUACUGGCGCGGAAACCACCGCGACCGUAACACCUUCGCCUUCAUCAGUUGACCGUACCUCAACUGUAGCUUCUGGACCUGAAACAACUAACGCGCCUUUGUCUGGAUCUUCUGGUCCAUGGAAAGGCGACACAGGCGCUAUCGCUGGGGGUGUUGUCGGCGGCGUUCUCGGAGUAGGGAUCGUUGUGAUAGGGAUUGCUUUCUUUGUACUCAGGCGAAGGCGAAGGCAGAAACAACCAGGUCGGCCGCAAUACCCGGAACCCAUAGUCAUUGCACCGUCAAGGACGGGUCAGAAGCUCUGUGAUCCUAAUGACCCACCGACGUUCCUCGUUUCGCAUUCGUCCAUGGCUUCGGGAGAAUAUUGGUCGUUGAAUCCUCGAUCCGGGGACCAUACGUAUUCUAUAAUGCCAUAUGAACAAACGGUGGACCGUAGAAUCCCUGCGAUGGCCUUCUGCAGACCCUCGACACCCGCUCGAGAUUAUAGGGGCGUCCCUGAGAUUGAUGCUCCGUCUUUCAAUCCUCAUGUCACCAAUGGAAGUGUUUCCUGAUUAUUGCUGAUGAUCAUAUGCAUGUUAUAGGCACGGUGCUGCUGAUAUGCAUUAACGGUGUUUACGCCACACUUUUAUUACUCAAGGACUAGAUUUUUCUUUUGUAUACUACUUUACUCUUCAUUGCUAUCGUUUGAUCACGUUCAUCAUGCUUUGGAUGUAAUCGUUGGAUUGCAAAAUAGUACGUGCAUGCUAUGACAGGAGAUAGAAAGAUGGCAAUGAAAUGCAGGUAAGAAAACGAAACAACAGGAAAAAGAAGGGG